UGAUGUGCAACUUGGACGAGGUAAAUGUUGCUUAGCCCAAAGAUUGGGGCCGAACCGCUUUUUCCUUAAAAAAAAAAAAAAAAGGAACUGCAAGAAGUCCGGACUCCGAGCCCGGAGAGUGCCGCCCCACCGACUUCAAUAAAUGCGAGGAAGAAGUUCUAAAACAGAGAAGCCGUGCGGAACCCUCUACGGAAGAGUCUCCUUGACUGACCGAUAGGCUGGUUCGCCCAAUCAUGGCGACUCGGAGCAGACUCCUCGGAACCGCUCGCUCAUGGCGCACGGCCUUCUUGUCCAAAACCCAACCAAACCCUUCGCCUGCUCCUGCUCCUGCUCGAUCGCUCCGGUCAUUGGAGCAUAUGGGCCGUCACAAUGCAUAUGAAUUGCGAAUGUCGAAAUUGCUUUCUGAAGUUCAUGGAGCAAAUUAUCUCUUUCCGGCUCUCCUAGCUGGUAUUUUUGGAGUUGGAACGCUUGAAACAGUGUUUGCGGAUGCUGGCGAGAUUGCUGGCACUCCUUUACCGGCAGAGUCUCCUUCAAGUGGAGAAAAUAUUGAGGAGAUUGCAAGAAAAGAGCGAGAACGAAUCGAAGAGUUGCUCAAAAGUAAAGGAAUACAGCGUGGUUCUUAUCCUAGGUUUGGUAUUGCAGUUAAAGGCCAAAAGGUGACAUUCAAAUUCCAAGUACCACCUGCAUGCGAAAUCUCCCACUUGAUUGCAAACCUUGUUUCCAAUCUUGGAGUGAAGGCUGAAGAGAAUGGUGGUGGUGCAGAUAUGUUAGCGCGUGGUUGGGACAGUGCAGUUGCUUGGCAGCUGACCCUCAAUUAUCCACAUAGGCAAAAGGAGGUCAGAGGGGAGAAUCAUCAUCACGACAUAAUUGCACCAGAUGGAGAUUUGUGUAUUCUUAUAUUCCGUUCGCUUAUCAGCUCAGAGAAAGCAGAAAUCGAGUUUAUAAAGCCAGGAAGCUUGACUCCCAAAGAAUUAGAGGCUUUUGUAUCUGUUUUACAAUUAGCUGGUGGAAAGAUGGGGCAGGAUAGGUUCAUGGAAAGAAGACCAAGGGAAGGUAAUGCUGGAAAGGUGUCUCCUGAAAAGGCAAUUGCAAAUCUUGAGUCAAUGGGAGUGAGAAUUUAUGGACUUGACGAACCCCGUAUUAAUUUCUCAACAAAGGCGAUAUCAUGGGACAAUGUUGCUGGGUAUGAUCAGCAGAAAAGAGAAAUAGAGGAUACAAUACUACUGGCUUUGCAAAGUCCUGAAGUAUAUGAUGACAUUGCCCGUGGAACUCGGAGCAAGUUUGAGUCAAAUAGACCUCGAGCAGUGCUCUUUGAAGGACCUCCAGGUACAGGGAAAACAUCCUGUGCUCGAGUUAUUGCCACUCAAGCGGGUGUUCCAUUGCUAUAUGUACCUUUAGAGGUUGUGAUGUCAAAGUACUAUGGUGAAAGUGAACGCUUGCUGGGGCAAGUGUUCUCGCUCGCUAAUGAUCUUCCAGAGGGAGCUAUCAUUUUCCUAGAUGAGGUUGAUUCUUUUGCUGUUGCUCGUGAUAGUGAAAUGCAUGAAGCUACACGGAGGAUCUUGUCAGUGUUAUUACGCCAGAUUGAUGGAUUUGAACAGGAUAAGAAGGUAGUUGUAAUUGCUGCAACAAAUAGAAAGCAGGACCUGGAUCCUGCAUUAAUAAGUCGGUUUGAUUCAAUGAUCAACUUUGGCCUUCCUGAUCAGCAAAACCGUCGUGAGAUAGCAGCUCAGUAUGCCAAGCAUUUAACAGAAGCUGAAUUGGCUGAAUUUGCUGCUGCUACACAAGGGAUGUCUGGAAGAGACAUUAGAGAUGUUUGUCAGCAGGCAGAGAGGUCAUGGGCUUCAAAGAUAAUUCGUGGGCAAGCCGGUAAGGAUGAACAGGGAUCACUUCCGCCUCUGAAGCAAUACAUUGACAGUGCGUUGAAUCGACGAGAGUCUUUAUUAAGCAUCGGAGAACAGAAGACAGGGAAUGCUGCGACUUCAAGAAAGAGGCUUCGGUUAGAUUUUAGCUGAUCAAAGAUGUGGAUUUCCUUGUUGAUCGGGUCGAAAUUUGUACAUUUAUGGCCGACUUGAUAAUGUUUACAGGAUAGUGAGCAGUCUUCCGGACUCGAAUAGGAUUCAGUCCGUAAGUUAUAUUACGAAUUAUGAACUGAUAAGUCUUACAGACCUUCAUUAGAGUAGAGCUCUGCUGAUGGUCAUGUACAUGAAUUCCAUAAUUAUGUUAGGUUUCAUUUCUGUUUAGGAGAUUCCUCCCAUUAUUAACA